AUGUCUGCUUCUAGCGCCCUGCACCACCUCAUGGUCUGGCGCGCCGGUGGCUGCACUAGGAGCAUUAGUAGCCCGCGGGCCGCAACCACGGCGCCCAUGCAUUGGGCUGUUGGACUGUACUGUGUGAUACUAUACUGUAAUUACCGUAGGUUACGGACUUCAAAAACCAAACCAGAAUAUUCCAAGAACAUACUUUGUAGAUAA